CUUCAUCAGUCGACAUUCGACCGUGCAACGCGACCUACUACCAGUUAGAGCGUCCUCGUGAUUUGCGCUUAUACCGCAACUAUAGUUAUUCGCGAUAGUAACAAGGGGAAAAACUGAACGGUAUAUAGAGUCCGUCAGCAACAACAUCUAUGCUUGCGCUAAUUUAUUUUUUUUAAUUCUUAAUUAUUUUUCUUUUUCUCCUAACGUUAAUCAUAACUUUAAUUCAAUGUUUCUCUAAACAAUAAUAAUAAUAGUAAUAAUAAUAGUAACAACAAUUCGAAUAAAAGUUUUUUAGCGCGAAUUUACGGCUAUAUUUGUGUGAUUUUGAAAAUUUUUCAAUACGAUCGAAAAAGAAAAAUACUUUUUCCUCGAGGAAGAGGAAGAUACUAGAAAAAUAAAGGGGGUGGGGGAAGAAAAGAUCAAAAGUGUCGGGUAGUGUUGGCAAGUGUUGCGCGGGUGUGUUUUAAUUCAAAGUUGUCCCGUUGUGGAUGAUACGAAAGAAAUCUUGUGGGGUAUAUGGCUGUCUCAUAGAUCCAUCGAGACCUAUUUUUAUAAUUUCUCAUCGUUUUAUUUCCUCGUUGUCUCAUCCUGUCAUCGGGCUCUCGUCAUCGUGAUAUUUUAACUUGCUCGUGUUACACGAGUCGAAGAAGAAACCACAUCUACGAAGCAAGCAAGCAAGCAAGCAAGUAAGCAAGCAACAAGCAAGCCAGCCAGCCAGCAACGGAAUGUGGCACGAGCAGGCCCAACACGAUCUCGGAAGCUAUGCCGGCUGAGAGAGCAGUAGGAAGGGGAGACGGAAGUGGACCCACAUUGCAGCCACCUUAAGAGUUUGCGUGGGAGAUUUAGCUUGGCGAAGGUUUGCCAAGGUUAAGGACUCUUGUCAUCCGUUCGAUGAACGAUGCCGAUGUUGUCGUUCGAGGCUGAUCCUCGUUCGUUCCUCCUUUUUCUCCUCCUUCUCCUAUCAGAUCGGUGUUCCUCGAGCGGCAGUCCUUCUCCUGAAAGAAAGUGGCCCAAUAUUUAAAAGGAUUUAUCCCGUUGGGAAUCCACGUCAUCGCCAUGGUGGACCUCCUGUGUAGCAACUCAUUGAGCCCGGGCACGUAAAAAAACGACCUUGAUAUCUAAAACAAACGAAAAAGAAAACAAAUAAAUAAGUUGAUUGUUAAUCGUUAGAAUCGAAAGAUAAGAUAAGACAUUAACACCAUGUAAGGUGUUAAACGAGAGGACAGCCUUCCCCCCGUGAAAUCAGCGUCGAGUAAUGCUGAAACAUAUCCUAACGGGGCAACCGUCGUCAGCGGGCUCCAGGCAUCAUCACAAUGACUAUCAAACGAGCUCGGGCUCGUUGCACGCCAGCCACCAUCAUCACCAUCAACACAAUCUUCUUCAACAGGAGCAGCAGCCGCAACCACAACAACAGCAGCAGCAACAGCAACAACAACAGCAUCAUUACGGUGGCAAUGGGAGCGGAGGUACGAUUGCACGAGGAACGUCUGCAACGUCUGCUAGAACGAACGGCAUCGACGUCUACGAUUCCGUGGGUCAUUCGUCGUCGCAAAGGCCGACGACGACUACGACGACGACGAAUUCGUUAAACGUUCAUCACCAAGCAGCUACGACACCAUCCUCGGCUCAUCGACAUCCCUUGAAUCAUUCGCAGCUUAGUGUGAACAAUCUAUCCCAACGAUUAAAUCACUCCCACGCGCUUAAUCUUUCGACCCUGUCGACGUCGAAGCAUUCGGUGAACAGUGUCAGUCCGGUCGUUGGUGGUAGUAAUAACAAUAACAAUGGCAGUAACAAUAUCAAUGGACACACUAAUAAUAAUAAUAACAACAAUAAUAAUAAUCUGUCGAGCGUGCCAAGUCAAACUGUUGUCGGUGUCCAACUGCCAAUUCAUCAGGACAGACCUAAAGCGAACGGUGGCUUUGAUAUUUCGAGAUUAUCUCGAUUACCUAGCCAAACGACCCCGUCGCCAGCACCUGCUGCCGUUCAUCAGCCAACUAUGCCCGUUCAGAUCGGCGGACAUCCCGGACCGACCGUCAUACCUCUUAACGCCUCAUGGUCUUCUUCCCUAUCGAGGAAUCAUCGGUGUCACGAGGCUGGCGUUAAGGAGAUGUUAACGAGUCUUGGACUCCUCUGUUUGGUUUCUCUGUUACUCGCUCUCCUUUCCCUAAUCUUCUUAUUGAAGAUUUCACCGUUGACGGUCACGCCGAGUAGUCUCAUCAGCCCCGAGGAGUACACGAUCGUCUACGAGGUGACCUUGGCUUUAUGUGCGCUCGCUCUGUCCUUGAACCUGUGCUGCCUUCUGGUCUGCGCCAUACAGUUCCUCUUUGCAGUUAAACUCGUCAAGACGUCGUAUCAGGGACAUCGGAGCAACAAGUACCUGCAAAAGUCGUCUAUCAGCCGUGUCUGCGCGGUCGGAGGCUUUUUCAUUAGCAUUCCAGUCUUCUUAACCGGCAUGAUCCUAUACACGUUUAUACAGUUUCAUUCUACGCCAGCUAUAGUGACGUCUGUUUUUAUUGGUCUCGGCAUUGUAUUCUGUGGAUGCGCCAUGGUCCAUAACGUCUUCGUGUGGCAAAGGGAGAAGACGAAUGCGGUUAAGGCGCUUGCUCGCGAACAGUGCGAAGCGGCAGCUCAACUGCAGCGUCAACAACAGCAAUUACAGCAAAAUCAUCAUCAUCAUCAUCAUCAAUCGCAUCUCCUCCAACAACAGCAACACCAGCAGCAUCAGCAGCAUCAACAUCAGCUACGGCCGAGCCUUUAUCACAGUGGAUGCCCACCAAAAAUCGGUUCUUUGACGGCAACCCAUUCAAAUACCACUUUGCCUCAUCACGGUGGCAACCGUAAUAAUUCUCAAUAUCAUCAGCAACAUCAGCAUCAUCAUCAUCAUCACCAUCAUCGACAUUUAUCGUCACCAAUGUCGCCUCCAUUGUUAUUAUCUUCGACAAGUGCACCACUUGCUUCGACGCACAGUCUUUUAAACGUUGCUACGAAUCGUAGUAACGUUGUAACACCACCUGCUACGCCAGGUGACAGGUCACCGCCAAGUCCAACCAAUAAGUUCAAUAGGUCACAUAUAACGAGGGAAGCCAGUGGUAGCGUCAGUCCUGGCCUACCAGCAGCGACUUUGGAUCUUAGCAGUGCAGCUACAACCAACAGCCCUCAUGAAUUAUCUACUCUCGUGUAAAUAAUCGAGAUAGAAGAAUAAUUUAUCUAUUCUUAAAGACUUUAUAUUGAACUUUUAUCGAACGUUCGUGCGGACAUUUUCUCUCUUUCUCUCUCUAUCUUCUUCUCUUUCUCUUUCUCUUUCUCUAUGAUUUGGGACCACCUAAGAAUUAUCUCUGACGAUAUCAUAUAUAUCGUCUUUUUUUUAUUAAACUUCAAAGAAUCGCGACAACAACCUUCGUGAAUUUCUUUUUCCCUUUUUAAAAAGACAAUGUGUAUGUACUUUUAAAUAAUUGUGUAUUUACGUUAUUUUUGUGUCUUGAUUUAAAUUGACGAGACUAUUUUUUUAUGUGUUUUCAAUUUAAUUUUCACUUUGUGGACAAACGAUAAGAAAAAGGUGUGCGUGUGUGUGUGUGAAAAACGCUAACAUAUUUUAAGUUUCGAGAUUCAGCUGGUACCUGAUUUAUCUACGUACGACGUCUCAUUGAAAUUUCAAUCUGUUAAAUGCAAUUAAAAUACAUCGUUUUGUUAGUUUAAUUUCUUUUUUGGUUCCCCUAUGGAAAGGGAAGUUUUCAUCUUGUAUAGUGGUUUACCUUAUCAACAAAAAAAUAUAGGCGUCUUGAAUUUGUACGAAUUUAUAUUCUAUUUUCUAAAAUUAUUCUACUAAGAUAAUAUUGACUUUGCGUAAAUAGAAAUCAUUCGAUUCGUAGUUUAUUGUUGAUUAAGAAAUUGUUUGUUGUUGAUAAACUCUACACAACAAUAUAAAAGAUAAAUUUAAAUUAUUUCAUAUCGUUUAAAAUUAAUUACAAGUGCUAUUUUUCGUAAUAGAAAUUAUUGACAAAUCGAACUCGCAUUAGUCCAAUUUAAAAUGAUAUCAACAUACCACAUUUUGUAAAAAUCAAUGAAUAAUCAACGAAAAAAUACUUUUUAUUAUAAUGUCACAUUUCAUUUACAUAAAUAGCAAUACUUUGUGUCUCAUAAUAUUAUUAUUCUAAUUGAGAUACAUUUGAGAGCAUCAACAGGUAACACCUGUUGUUGUAACACCUGUUGCAUAAUAUAACUUAUAAAUUAUGCAAUCCAAUCUGUAAUUAUCAAAACGUAAGGUAAAAUAAGAAGAGAAGUUCUAUCUGUAAAAGAAACAACGACAACGACAAGAAAGAAUGAAAAGAAAGAAAGUUAUUACGAUCAAUUGUCAACAACUGGGUAAAAAAAAAAAUUGUAAAAAGAAAAAGUUUUGCGUUAAAGUAAUAUUAACCCUUUCAUUAUGGCAUAUUUUGGCUCGAA